UGAUUUAUUCCAGCAAAGAAACAUUCUCUCAGAUCAUUGCAACCUUUAAUGUGACAAAAAACUGACCAACACAUGCUUCUACUAAAUUGAUAAAAAUAUCUAGUUUCCUCCAAACGUUUAGAAAAAAGGAAAAUGAUUAAUAACCUCUCCCCCUAUUUCCUCUGAUUAUUAUUUUUGUUUAAUCAUUUAUUUAUUAUUUUUUUAAAAAAUGUAUUCAAUAUUAACUGUUUCCUUUAUUUUCCAUUUUAUUUAUGCCUUAAAUGCUGAGGAAAAUAUUUUUAAAAAUAUGUUGAUUGAAUGGAAACGCCGAAUACUUUAUUGCAGUCCUAGCAAAGAUGGAAAACAUUCUGGCCAGUGUUAUUUAACUGUUGGAAAGGAGGAAAAGCCUAAAUUGGCAAAAUGUCAUGAGGAAAGUUAUAAGCUUGAAACAGGAGAAAUAGAAGGACGAACUUCAUGUAAUAUUGAAUGUCGUGGAGCUGAUAGAGACUCUGUGAUAUCGAAGGUGAUUAGUUUUUAAAGGUGAUUUGGUUUCAGUUUGGUUCCGGCUAGGGUUCUCGAUAGACCGAACCAAGUACUGUAUGUUUUGGGCUAAAA